AGGGCACAUCAAAUGAGCAAAGAAGUUUGGGAUUACAUCUUCUUCAAGGCAGCUCCAUUUCCUAAAACAGAGAUUCCAAAAGAAAAGUUGGACAAGCUAAAGGAGGAGUUUGAAUUUUGGUAUCCUGUGGAUCUCAGAGUUUCUGGCAAAGAUCUUGUUCCAAAUCAUCUGUCGUACUACCUCUAUAAUCACGUGGCUAUGUGGUCAGAUGGAAGAAAAAUGGCCAGUAGCUGUGAGAGCAAAUGGACAUCUCCUUCUCAAUUCUGAAAAGAUGUCUAAAUCUACAGGCAACUUUCUUACCCUAACUCAAGCUAUUGACAAGUUCUCUGCAGAUGGCAUGCGUUUAGCUUUGGCUGAUGCUGGAGACACCGUUGAAGAUGCCAACUUUGUGGAAGCCAUGGCAGAUGCUGGUAUUCUUCGUCUCUACACGUGGGUGGAGUGGGUAAAGGAGAUGAUUGCAAACAGGGACAGUCUAAGAAGUGGUCCUGCCAACACCUUCAAUGAUAGAGUCUUUGCCAGUGAAAUGAAUGCAGGCAUAGUGAAGACAGACCAAAAUUAUGAGAAGAUGAUGUUUAAGGAAGCUCUGAAAACUGGCUUCUUUGAAUUUCAGGCAGCAAAAGAUAAAUAUCGUGAGCUGGCAAUAGAAGGAAUGCACAGAGAGUUGGCGUUUCAGUUUAUUGAAGUUCAGACUCUGCUGUUGGCUCCUAUCUGUCCCCACUUAUGUGAGCACAUCUGGUCACUGCUGGGAAAGCCGGAUUCCAUCAUGAGAGCCUCAUGGCCGAUAGCAGGUCCUGUGGAUGAGGUAUUAAUUCGCUCCUCUCAGUACCUCAUGGAAGCAGCUCAUGACCUCCGACUCCGCCUCAAGAACUACAUGGCACCUGUGAAAGGAAAGAAAAGUACUAAAGAACCUUCCCAGAAGCCUUCUCACUGUACCAUCUACGUGGCAAAGAACUACCCGCCUUGGCAGCACACCACCUUAUCAGUUCUGCGCAAGCACUAUCAGGUCAGUGGAGGUCAACUGCCAGAUAAUAAAGUAAUUGCCAGUGAGCUUAACACCUUGCCGGAGCUGAAGAAGUAUAUGAAGAAGGUUAUGCCUUUUGUUGCCAUGAUUAAGGAAAAUCUGGAGAAGAAUGGUUCACGUGUUCUUGAUCUGGAACUGGAAUUUGAUGAACGUGCAGUGCUCAUGGAGAAUAUUGUCUAUUUGACAAAUUCCCUGGAGCUGGAUCACAUUGAAGUGAAGUUUGCGUCUGAAGCAGAAGAUAAAAUAAAAGAAGACUGCUGUCCUGGAAAACCAUUUUCCAUAUUCAGAACUGAGCCCAGUGUGUCUGUAUUUUUGGUGAACCCUCAACCAUCAAAUGGCCACUUCUCUACAAAGAUUGAAAUCAGGCAAGGAGACAACAGAGAGACAGUGAUCAGACGCUUAAUGAAGAUGGACAGAGGAAUCAAAGAUCUUUCUAAAGUGAAGCUGAUGAGGUUUGAUGAUCCUGUGCUUGGGCCACGCCGUGUUCCAGUCCUUGGCAAAGAAGAAGCAGAGAAAACGCCUAUUCUGGAGCAAGCCAUCUUCCACAUUGACCUGGACGAGAAACGUGUUUGCGUUACUGAGAAUGGCCUGACAAAGGACAUUGGUGACACAAUUGUUUAUCUAGUUCAUUAAACUGGCGUGUACCUGGCUUGAUCCCUGGCAGUGAGAAAGUUAAUAGAGUGACUUUGAAAGGAUCUGUAAUGAACAAAGAUGAGAAUUUGUUCUACAGGGGAAAAAAAAAAAAAAACCCACCCAAAACAACCUAAUUUUGCAUGCGAGUUCACACCUACUCUUUUAAAUGUGGAUAUAAUAAAAUUAUUUUCCUCUGGCCCUUUGGCUUUUCUUGAAAAGAAACAGUUAUCC